AUGGGUGGUAAACGUCAUAUUGCGAAGCCCGAACGAUUUUGGGCAAUAGACGUAAAGAGAAAAUGUGUCUGUGCCUUGCCACCAGCAUCAAGAUACAUUACCCUAAAUUAUUGCUGGACACGUGGAGAGACUCUGAAACUAAUCAAGGCCAAUGCGGUUGGCCUUCUUCGAACUGGAUCUCUUGAGAAGGUGAUGCAAGAGCUCCCGCGGACGAUCCAAGAUGCCAUAGAGUUCGUCUUUGACUUCGGAGAAGCAUAUCUCUGGGUUGAUGCCCUUUGCAUCCUACAAGACUGCAACGACGAAAAGCAGUUCCAGCUCUCGCAGAUGGACAGGGUUUAUGGCUCAGCAUGA